AUGCUCGGCUAUCAGCUCUUGACUCUCGCCCUAACUGCGGCUGCUGCGGCGACACCCGGCCCCUCCAACCCAAGCGCAUCCCUCGGAGGCGCGGGCAUGGAGGGUAUCAUCCCCCACGAAGACCAUGAAGCCGCGAUUGCCAGCGCGGGGACCGACAGGAUGCGAGCACUCGCGGAGGAGCGAAUCUGCGAUCUCACUCUGUGCUCUGGCGUCAACCUCUCCGGCGAAUGCUCCCGGUGGUGCUACUACCGAAACCGACCUCAGAUUGUUCCGAUCAAGCAGAGACUUGGCACACUCUCUGCCCAUUACGAGACAGCUAUAGAGUGCUGGUUCUACUCGUACGUACGGGCCCUGCUGUUCUUGACAUUGUGUCUAACUUGCACUUUGCACCUUGCACAGCGCUCCGACGUGUGA